ACUGGUACAUACAUAGGUGUAGGCCUGUAUUAUUAUUUACAAGAGCUCAUAAAUAAAAUAUUAGGUGCAUAACAAAGGAACAUUGGUAAAAGAGUAUUAUAAAAGACAAAAAUGAUUUCUCGUGCAUCUGGAAUGACAAUAAAACAGCUUUCUAAGGAGUUGCAAGAUAUGACUAUUGCUCCAACAAAAUUGUGUGAGGCGUCAUUGAAAAGGAUUAAGAAUUCUGAAUACCUGAAUAAUUUUAUAACUAUUUCAAAAGAGCUUGCUCAUGAGCAGGCUCUAGCUUCUGAAAAACUAAUCAAAGCAGGAGAAACUCGAAGUCCACUGGAAGGGUUGCCUGUAGCUGUAAAAGAUAAUUUCUGCACCAAAAACAUUAGGACUUCUUGCGCCUCGAAAAUGCUUGAAAAUUUUAUCCCGACUUACAAUGCAACGGUUGUACAAAAAUUGGUUGACCAUGGUGCUGUAAUUGUUGGAAAAACCAACAUGGAUGAAUUUGCAAUGGGAUCUGGAGCGGUGGACUCUGCCUUUGGCCCAACAAAAAAUAUUUGGAAAACACCAAGUGGACACUUGAAAGUAAAUACAUUUCAAGGAAACCAAACCAAAGCAGUAGAUGAAGAUAAGGAUUGGUUCAUUGCGGGUGGCAGUUCAGGAGGAAGCGCUGCAGCUGUUGCUUCUGGAGCCUGUGUUGCGGCCCUUGGCUCGGACACAGGAGGAUCAACAAGAAUCCCCGCCGCCUAUUGCGGCAUUGUGGGGCUGAAACCAACGUAUGGCCUUUUAUCCCGUCAUGGACUUAUUCCUCUUGUCAAUUCCAUGGAUGUGCCGGGAAUCUUAACAAGAAAUGUAGACGACGCCACUUUAAUUUUCAAUUUGCUUGCUGGUUGGGACCCGAAAGACUCUACGACUGUCCAAGAAGAUUUUGAGCCAAUUGAUUUGGAAUCAGACUUCAACUUGCGCAACAUCACAAUAGGAAUCCCUCAAGAAUAUCACAGUCCAGGCAUUGACGCCCAAGUUUUGAAUUCUUGGAGCAGCGUCACCACUCUGCUGGAAAAGCUGGGAGCCACAAUUGUUCCUGUUUCGCUGCCUCACACAAAGUACUCAAUUGCCUGCUAUUCGAUUUUAAACCACUGUGAAGUGGCAAGUAACAUGGCGCGAUACGACGGCAUCGAGUAUGGUUUGAGAUCUGCGGAGCAGCAAUCAACUGAAGAGAUGUUCGCAAUGUCAAGAAGUCAGGGGUUCAACCAAGUUGUCCGGGGAAGAGUCAUCUCUGGCAAUUAUUUUCUGCUUAGCAGGAACUAUGAAAACCAUUUCAUGCAAGCCCUCCGAUUGCGCCGGCUGAUUGCAAACGAUUUUCUCAACGUGUGGGCCAAUGGUGUGGAUUUGCUUUUGACGCCAGUCACUCUAGGAGAGGCUCCACGGUUCUCAGAAUUCACAUUAAAGGACAACAGAGAGCAGUGUGCCACUCAAGAUUAUUGCACUCAGCCAGCCAAUCUAGCAGGUUGCCCUGCUAUCUCGAUUCCCACUCAACUGUCAGAAAACGGUAUGCCGCUUGGACUGCAACUUCUAGCUCCAAAUUUUGGUGAGCGAAUUUUGCUCAAUGUAGCAAAAACCAUAGAGACUGAAGUCAAUUUUCCUAAACUGUUGUUCGACGAUGGAAUUUAGAAAGUAUGAAUUUAAUAAAGACGUAAUUUGAUCAUGGA